AUGGCCCCGAAGCUCCGCGUGCUCAUCUCGACGGACCAGGCGUACCCGCCAACGACAGUGUGCCAUGUGAACGGCGAGCCGACUCCAGUGAAGAACAGCAAGUUCGAGGGCACGAUCGCAGUCUACGUGAAGGGCUUCGAGGGCGAGGGCAAGGCGGGAGAGGGAGAGGCGUACUUCGGCAAGCGAGACGACAUGACCUACGGCAUUGUCGUUCGAGGCCACUUCCUCGACUCGCCGACGGCUGACGAGGUCGUCUUCGGCAAUGUGUUCGAGCUGCCGAUCCGUGACUCGCUGCCGUGGGGAACGGCCAUCGCGACCAAGUUCAUGUACUUCAUCGACCCCACGCUCGAGCUCGACGUGUAUGCCGACAAGCCGUGGGCGCUGUCCCCCGUCGUGUCGACGAUGACGAAGCUGCGGAUGAAGAAGGGCGAGGAGGACCAGAGCGGCAAGGCGUUCGUGGAGGAGGACUCGCUGUCGGUAAUCCCCGAGGUCGCGCACUUGGCGAACGACACGCCCGCGCGCAGAAAGUAUCUCGCGGACCCGUCGAACCGCUCCAGCCUGGUGCUUACGCCCGACAUCGAGAUGGGCAUGGAGUUCUCAAACGGCAUCCUCGACUUCAACACGCUUAGCGUACAGCUCCCCAAGCCGUUCAGCGUCUCCUUCAACCUGCUCAAGUACUGGGACGGACAGCCGGUCACGUACGUGUGCCGCCGGAAGGGCGACAAACCCCUGGACCCGGAAGGGAUGUACUGGAGCGUUGCGUUUGAGAUUGUGGACGAGGACGCGAGGAAGGAGCUCGAGAAGAAGGGCAAGACGGUCCUGGAGAGCACCGAGCUCAAGGACAAGAGCGUCGCCGGCGAAGAGGAGGACGGCGCCAAGUCGGCUGCGAAGUAG